AUGGGCGGUUCUUAUGUCAAUGGCAAAGCUCUCCCAGAAUCCGUGCGAAGACAGAUUGUAGAGAUGUCCCUUAACAAUAUAAGGGCUUGCGACAUUGCAAAACAAUUGAAAGUCUCCCAUGGCUGUGUUAGUAAACUGUUAAAGAAAUAUCGAAAUACUGGAUCCUUCAAGGCAGGAUCUACUGGCGGAUCCAAACCCAAGGUAGCAAUACCAGAGGUGGUGGAUAUAAUCAUGAACUACAAGGACGAAAAUCCGACAAUGUUUGCUUGGGAGAUAAGAGACAGGUUAAUCAAAGAGAGAAGAUGUACAAAAUUGAACGUCCCGAGCAUUAGCUCCAUCAACAGAAUCUUGCGUAGCAAUCCAACCGAGAAAUCCAGACGAUCGUCAUUGGGCUCAAGUUGCUCUCCGUCAUCAUCUGAGAGUUCCAUCAGUCCACCAAUCGCCACAAAGCGCUCUCCUGUUGGAUACAGCAUCAAUGAUAUCCUUGGCCAUCAAAACGCAUCUGUCAGUUUCGAAUUCACCCCAACUCCCAUAAUGCCUCAAUCUGGAAAACGGAAGUUUAGUGAAAUCGACGAUGGAGAUUUACUGGCAGUUGCUGCUAAAUCUGCUCGCUUGAUAGAAGAGGAGGCUGCAAUAAAACAUAACGCACCAGCAGACAUCUCCCUGACCGCAGUCCCCACUCCUACAUCUACCGAUCUCUGCAAGGAUCUGGGAUCCCUCCUAGACAUGCUUCCAUGGGUGCCUUCACAAGUCUCAUCAUCCAAAAAUAAUAACACAAGCUUCGACGACUCCUUUACCUCCCUUGUUGGCCAAAACAAAGCCGCAUACGAGAGGGAAUUCCAUGAGAGUCAAGCGACAUCCACCGAGAGAAUCCGUCAACAAUACGACGCAGCCAGGCCACACCAACCCGGAGCAGAAACGACAAAGUUCAAUGCACCAAAGAUCGAAAUGCCCUGCUCUUCUCUGCCAUCUGUUCAGCAUCAAGAAAGUUUCUACCCUCAAUACAAGCCACACCCUACUGUUUCCAGACCCGUGCCGACAGUCGUGUCCUCUACUGGGUCAAUCUCAAGCAUCCCCAAUGUGUCCUCAUCUUUUUACAAUGUGCCAUCCUGCUCCCAGACACAGAAUACAGGAUUGCCUGCCUACAGUUACCCAGGAUACGCCCCGACAGCCUUUUCACGCAUGGCGCAGCAGAAAAAUCUGUAUCCUGUCCCUACCAUCUCGUCGGAAGCACCAACUUCCGCUUUCCAUGCUCCUAUCUCGCCCUACUGCGGAUACAGCACAGCACCAAUUCCUUAUUACUAUCAGCAAUAAGCGGAUAUAAGAAUAGACUGAUGUGCUGUAAAUAUG